AUGGUACGACCUCGCGCCCCAAGGUGUUUGACUUCCCAAAUACCGCGCCGAUACUACUCAGCUCCUUCGCCCGCGGCAAAGCUCAACUUACCCCUUGACUUCAAGACGACUCCUUUGUUGCACCACACUCCGGCGACAUUGUCGAGCGUCCCAAAUUUCCCAGCUGGAGCCACAAGCAAGCGCCUGAAUUUGUUCCAAGCCAUCAACUCCGCUCUACGAACCGCUCUGUCGACCUCCGAUAAGGUCAUACUCUUCGGCGAAGAUGUGGCGUUCGGUGGUGUGUUUCGGUGCUCUAUGGACCUACAGUCGGAGUUUGGCUCAGAUCGUGUCUUCAAUACACCGUUGACGGAACAAGGAAUCGCAGGGUUCGCUAUCGGUGCCGCGGCAGAGGGCAUGAAGCCUGUAGCUGAAUUACAAUUCGCCGACUACAUGUUUCCAGCCUUCGACCAGAUUGUCAACGAGGCGGCAAAGUUUCGAUACAGAGAAGGCAAUACUGGAGUAAAUGUGGGAGGACUCGUGAUUCGUAUGCCGUGUGGUGCAGUGGGUCAUGGUGCUCUCUACCAUACACAAUCGCCCGAGUCGCUUUUCGCACAUAUUCCUGGUGUCCGAGUAGUAAUGCCUCGUUCACCUGCACAAGCCAAAGGCCUCUUGCUAUCAUCCAUUUUCGAACACAAUGACCCAGUGAUCUUCAUGGAGCCAAAGGGUCUUUACCGAGCGGCAGCAGAGUACGUCCCGAAUGAGUAUUAUACCAUUCCUCUCAGCAAGGCCGAGGUGGUCAAGCCCGGCAAAGACCUCACAAUAAUUUCCUAUGGCCAACCGCUCUACCGAUGCUCAGCCGCCAUUUCCGCCAUUGAAAAGACAAUGAAGGGCGUCAACAUUGAGUUGAUCGACUUACGCACUAUCUAUCCCUGGGAUCGCCAGACGGUUCUCGAGAGCGUUCGAAAAACAGGAAGAGCCGUUGUGGUGCACGAAAGUAUGGUCAACUACGGCGUGGGAGCCGAGGUUGCCGCUACCCUGCAAGAGGGUGCGUUCCUUCGACUGGAAGCCCCAGUUAAGCGUGUCGCUGGAUGGAGUACACACACGGGUUUGACUUACGAACAAUUUAUCUUGCCUGACGUUGCAAGGAUAUUUGAUGCGAUCAAGCAGACUUUGGAAUAUUGA